AUGAUGAUUUUCAUAAACUGUGCAAAUCCAGUGAAUUCUACUCUGUACGUAGAAACCGGUACUUGCUUUAAUGGAGAAAAAUCUUCCAAUGUUUCACUCUUGAUGCGUUCUUAUGUGAACGUUGGUGGGAUGAAGGCUUCGGAUCUGAUGGAACUGUGCAGCUUAGAGAGGAUGACGUUGUUGCCAGCCAAGCAUUACAAGAACAUGUCCUACAAGGAAAUCCACAGUCAGCUGGCAUAUGGGUUUGAGCUUUCAUGGCACAAUAGCAAGUGUGGAAGCUGUGCAACUAUUUGCUACAUCGAUGAUUCGAACCAGACAAAAUGCGCAGUCGUCCUGCUGUGUGUAUCCCUAUUAAUUGCACUACUUCAGGGGCCAAAAUUCAUCUUUGGGAGUCCGUUUGUGAUUGCAUUCUUGAUCUAUAAAUGGCAACGAAGACAUCUAUCAGCAUAUGACACAGUUGAAGAAUUCCUACAGACUCAUAACAAUCUUAUGACAGUAAUAAGAUAUUCUUAUUCAGAGAUUAAGAAGAUGACCGGAGGUUUCAAGGAAAAAUUGGGUGAAGGAGGUUUUGGUUGUGUGUACAAGGGAAAGCUUCGCAGUGGGCAUUCUGCAGCGAUAAAAUUGCUGGGCAAAUCCAAGGCUAAUGGACAAGAUUUCAUCAAUGAAGUCGCUACCAUUGGAAGGAUUCACCACACUAAUGUAGUGCAACUAGUUGGUUUUUGUGCUGAGAGAUCAAAGCGCGCUCUUGUAUAUGAUUUCAUGCCCAAUGGAUCUCUCAAUAAUUUCAUUUUUUCUCAAGAAAGAUCUGUCUCUUUAACCUGGGAAAAACUGCAUGAGAUUUCCCUUGGAGUGGCUCGUGGCAUCGAAUAUCUACAUCGAGGUUGUGAGAUGCAGAUCCUACAUUUUGACAUCAAGCCUCACAACAUUCUACUCGAUGAACAUUUCACUCCAAAAGUUUCUGACUUUGGACUUGCUAGGUUGUGUCCAACAAAUGAGAGUCUUAAAUCUCUCACUGCAGCGGGGGGAACGAUAGUGUCACGACCCGAAUCCCGGGUCCGUGACCGGCAACGCAGGAGCGGUGGCGGAAGGACACCCCUCCCGCGCUAA